AUGAAGCAACAGAUUAUUUAUUGGCUCAUACCGUUCCUAUAUCUUUCAGCGGUUCAGUCCAUGAUUGAAGACUACACAUGUAUCGGAACAAAGAUAGAAGGGAGAUACGUCGAAAAAGCCCUUGAUUUUCUGAGGAAGCCACAAAACCAGAUGCAUAUAUUACCCAUGAAUCUCUGGACAUGUGAGUCGGAAAAUUAUUGCUAUAUCUCUGCGCUUCAUACCGACGAUGAAUCAUUUAGAAAGAGAUACAGGACUCCUUACUAUGUGGUUGUAGAUGGUCUCAAACAUUUAAGAGGCGUUGUAAUAAGCACAGGCAGAGAUUACCAGCAAUGCUCCCCAAGAUCACCCGCAAUUAUUGUUAGAAAAUCACAUUAG